UGUAGGUCUCCUCUUGUCUUGCCUUGCUCUGUUUUCAUGGCUGCCGAUGCUGUAUAUUGUUGUUUUCUGCUACCAAGAUCUCGAGUCUGAUCGCUAUUCCUCCCAACGCUUGUUCUACCACUAGCUGGAGGAAGGACGAGCUGGUCAGUGCCUGAACAUUACGAAGUUCGCCUUGAUUGUUUUCUGACGCUGUCAAAAGACUUACUUUGUACUGGAGGCUGAGAAAUCUGGACCCGAUAUAACAUGGAUGUUUCAUUGUCAUCCUCAUCAGUUUCUGCAAGGAUAAGAGCAUCUGCAAUGAUACUGACGAAAGAUCUUCUCUCAACCUCUAUUGAUGGUUCAGGCGCUCUGGAGAUAACGAAGGAGCUCGCGACUUCGAGAAGUGCUCACAAAAUUUCUCCAGCGCUAUCAUACGGAUCAACAUCGUCGCCGCAGAUAGCCAAGCCAUCGAGUAAGCAUCGUCACUAUGGGGGUGAGACCACAGAAUGUUCCAAGAAGUGGUUCGAGCUCGACACAGCAGAUGCAAACAACGAUUUCUCACAGUUUAUGCUGGAAGUUUGUAGCAUUACAGAGACUGGUGAAUCGAGCCCUCGAUCAGGAUCAACUCUGGAUCUAGCACUGUCGGCUCAAGAUAGUCCCGAGCGAUGGGCUGGUGUUCAUCUGAAGAGGAACGACAGCUUCAACCCUGAACUAUCUUCGCAAGAAUCAAAGGCAGAAUUCACAUACGCAAGUAGUGACUUAUCGCGAUCAAAUAUUCAGCCCGAAGAAACGACACGCAAUCUUCAUAGUCUGAGCGACCAUCUUGCACAGUCGUUGAGCUGGGACAACUAUACGAAGACGGCUUCGGAUGAAGUCCACAAGACGAUACCUCCCAACAGUAUUCACGGCGCGAAACCAGUAGAACGUAAAGAAAGGGCUCUCGGUAGGCUCCAGCUUAUCUUCUCGCAAAUGCCUGUCAUGGCGCCGCCUAACACAAGCACGGCUCUGAAGCGAAUAGAUUGGUCUGAAUCGUCUUACAACCAAUUCUGUGUAGGAGAAGAUGCGCAGGCUUGGGCCGAGUUUGAAGCGUCCGUGAUCCAAGGUUCUAAUGCGCGAGCACUGGAACAUGGUAUGGCACGAGACCUGGCCACGAGGCACCAGUACGCUCAAGGACCGCAACCUGGACGAGCCACAGCUUCACCUAUGGUCGCAAGUAAGCAAAGACAUUCACAAGCCAACGUCUACCAAAGCGAUGUAUUGCAAAGUCUGGAUUUUGCAUCACCACAACAACAGCAGGCACUCAACGGAGAGAAGUCUCAAUCAAAUGAAAAAGAUACAGUCGAAACAUUUCAUUGUCCAUUUAUUGAUUGUCAUAGUCGAUUCCAGAUGUGCGCAGAUCAUCUUCGAGACACAAACAGUACGGUAUCGCUUCCAUGCGUCCAUCAAGGCUGUGGGCUCGAAUUUGCUACUCAAGAGGUUUGGCGCAAGCAUGUUUCGACCGCUCACCACGAUUUACUUCGUAUAUGGCGGCCAACUGAUGAGGCGGACUUGGAGGCUGCUUGGGGGAAGUUUAGGGCCUGAAUGAGCGCUUCGAAAAGAGACAGUGUACAUAGUUCAGAUGGUGCUUCGCUGCCGAUAAUCUGGAGAUGGGAACGUUUGCAUUGAUGGUAUCGAAGGCGUCAUAGUCUAUGUUG